UUUUGUGUUUUUAAAAUCAUCUAAGUUUUAGUUUCGUGUUGAGGGCAACUGAUAUUAAUCCUUUACCUGUGUUGUUUACGAAACUAUAUAACGAGCGGUAUCUCGAGUAAUAACUGUAAAUAUAUUCGUGUGAGAACAAUCAUGGAUUUUUAACGUCCAGCGGCGCUUGAAUUCCACAACAGAGAACAGUUUUAAAAAUUUAUCGCCCUGCGCAUCUGUUACAGAAAUUGAAGACUUGUUUACGUGAAAAGUUUCGUUGAUUAGCUCAUUAACAAAGACACUAUAAGGUCAAGCUGGUGCCUUGGCAAAAUAUUUUCGCUAUCGGCUGGAAUAACACGAAAAUACACUGUGAAAGCGAGUUGUCCCAGCCCUGAAAUGAUCUGACGUAAGUUUAAAUUCUUCCUAGUGUUAGUGAGGACAAAAAAUGUUCUAGUGAAGUUUUAUUGUAACUACACAAUAAGACAAGAAAUGUUUGCACUGAAGGAGAGCGGCCGAAGAAUAACAUUAAAUGUUCAAGGAUGUCGUUUCGAAACUUUCCAAGAGACACUUGAAGAAUUUCCUGAAACUCUUCUCGGUUCGGAAGAAAAACGAAGAAGGUUUUACGACCCACAACGAGACGAGUACUAUCUAGAAAGAGACAAAUGUGCGUUCGACGCGAUCCUGUUUUAUUACCAAUCCAGAGGAAUUCUAUCCCGGCCUGCAACAGUUCCAGCAAAUGCGUUUGACGAAGAGCUAAAGUUCUACGAGAUCCGAACAGAAGAACCUGAAGAGCAAGAAGGCAAAGUGAACGUUAUACCUGCCCGAGAAUGGCAAAGGAAGCUGUGGGAAUUACUGGAAUAUCCUGAGUCUUCCAGGCAAGCCGCGUUGUUCGCCAAACUUUCAAUGGCUGUCAUUGUGUUGUCUAUUAUAGUAUUCUGUGUGGAGACCCUGGAUAUGGCGUCAACAAUAGCAGGGAAAUCUUUGUCCUCUCACAAUGACACCAACAAUAAGACCUUUGUAGAUCGCGAGAGGGACAAACUCCAGAAAAGACCAAAACUUUGGUUUGUAAUUGAUACCUGCAUCAUAGUUUGGUUCACUUUUGAAUACGCCGCUCGUCUUGUCUCGGCUCCAGAGAAGAUCAAAUUUGUUUUGUCCACACUGGCGUUAAUCGACCUGACCGCAAUAAUUCCAUACUUUCUCUCCUUGUUUCUGGGCGACGAUUAUGCGCCCGCGUUUUCAUUCACGAUCAUGCGUAUCUUUCGCCUGUUGCGAGUGAUACGACUGCUAAAACUCACGCGCUACGUAGCAGCUCUUAAAAUUCUCGGCUAUACCGUCCGUUCCUGCCAAGAGCAGCUAACCGCGUUAAUUUUUCUAAUCUUAAUAUCGGUGGUGUUAUUUUCCAGUACAAUUUACUAUAUCGAAAAUAAGGAAAAUUCUGAACAGUUCGAUAGCAUCCCUGCCUCGCUUUGGUGGGCGAUUGUCACCAUGACAACGGUCGGUUACGGCGACAUGGCGCCAGUCACUCCGUUUGGAAGAAUAGUGGGAGCAUUGUGUGCCAUAUUUGGAGUUGUGGUCAUGGUGUGCCUUCCAAGCCCCGUGUUCAUUUCAAGCUUUAAUGAAAUCUACAUGCGACACAUAGGACAAAUGAGGAAGAAGAGUAAGCAAAUUGAUGCUGACAACACUAGCCUAAAGGUCAAAAGGACUUGGCGAUCUGCCAUAAAACCUUCAAAUAUUUUACUUAUCAGAAAAUUCUGCGGCGGGCAGGAAGACUAGAUUGCAGGCCUUGCCAGUCAGGAAAUCCAACAGAAUAUUUCUACCCUUUGCAUUAGUCAAGUCUGAUUAGGAAUCUCGAUAUUAAGUUGAUAAAAAGAGCUGCGGUUUAUUAGUUGAAGUUUUGGACUCAAGCUGGUCAGAUCUAGGUAAGCCUACUUGCAGACCUCUAUAUAUCAUUUCACUUUUUCCUUUUGCAUGUAGGCUAAUCUUGGUUUGUGCUUUUCCCGAGUCACCGGAACGUGAAGAAUGUUAAGACAAGACACUUAACUAUCACUAAGUUUCAUUCCAGCUAUAAGCAUGAACAGAUAUAUGUAUCACUAGUCCAUUAUUGAAGAAACCACGGCAAAACGCUUUGAUGUAAAUGGCCUAGCAUACAGUGUCAGGGCAGAUGAGAGUCAGCUAGUCUCUGUUCGUUGAGGAGGUUACCAAUCUAAAGCUAGAGAUCGGAAGAGGGGGUCUCCCCAGUUGUAUUCAUUUUUUUAGAGGAUUGUUGGUAUGCCUGUGAUGUAAAAUAGCACGGAGUUUAACCAUUCUCCGGUUCUUUGGGAUGCUAUAGUUCAUCUCGGUUUAUCCUCACCUUUGCCAACAGGACACUCGUUAUGGCUAUAUGUGCUCCUAAGCCGUGUGGAGAGAGGCAAUGCGAGAAUAAAGUUCAUUACGUUAUUUCAAGCACACAACGAUGAAGCCUCGUAUUCCAUCACUCGACGUGAUUCCAACGCAGUAACCAUAAGACAACCAGGCAUCUAUGAAAAAUUGAUCCAGGUGAAAUCAGUACUGAUGUAAGAUGCAGAGAACAAUCUUAUUCGAUUUCAGUUUUCAGAAGACGAUUGAAAGACUUCUUAGACUCACAGUUUACAGAAAAGGAAGUAAUGAUUUCCCCUUUUGGCAAUCAGUCUAAUUGCAAAAACUUUCAAUCACUUCAUUGCAGUGCUUUUCAACUGCUUUGCUUGUUCAUCAGAUUUAGGAAGAAAUUAAGAAAUCCCCCAGAUGCUCGAGUAACAAGUGGACAAAAACCUUGUACCGAUACAUGGUAUUGCAAACAUUCUGUGUGACUAUGUGGCUG